AUGUCUCAAUUCGAUCUGAAGGUGGCCACUCGUGCUAACCAUGCGGCGCUUCUGCCCGUGGUCCUCAUUGCUACCUCAAUCAACGAGGCUCGCCCCACCCCGGUGAUCAACAUUGUCUACGAGGAUACUGCCCUUCUCCAGGACGGCGACAAGGCCAUUGUGCAGCUCGUUGCUGGAUCCAACUCCGUCUUUGGCACCGCCAAUGUCAUCCAGGAGCUUACUGUACACUUCCCUUUCCUGACUGGCAAGGAUGCUAAGGUGGAAGCCGAAUGGCUGUCUCAGCUGGACACCUUGACCACUCUCGAUUUCAAAGCCCUCGACCCUAUCCUCCAGCGCAUUGACACCCACCUGCUGCUUCGCACCUUCAUCGUCGGAUACUCUCUCUCCACCCCCGACCUUGCUAUUUGGGGUGCUCUCCGUGGCAACCGUGUCGCUGUUGCCGCGCUGAAGAAGGGAUCUCUCGUCAACUUCACUCGGUGGUACCGAUUCCUGGAGGAGCUUUGCCCUUGGACCCACGCCGCCGUGGAGUCUAUGACCGCGGUUGCUAAGGAGAAGAGGAAUGCUAAGGCCAAGGAGGGUGCUAGCUACGAUAUUGCUCUCAAGGGAACUGAGAAUGGCGUUGUCACUAGAUUUCCCCCGGAGCCUUCUGGAUAUCUCCACAUUGGUCACGCCAAGGCCGCUCUUCUCAACGACUACUUCGCCCAUGAGAAGUACAACGGCACUCUUCUGCUCCGCUUUGACGACACCAAUCCGUCGAAUGAGAAGCAGGAAUUCGAGGAUGCUAUCGUCGAGGAUCUUGCCCUUAUGGGUAUCAAGCCUAACAAGAUGACCUACACCAGUGACUACUUCGACGAGCUCUACGAGUACUGUGUCAAGAUCAUCAAGCAGGGAGAUGCCUAUGCUGAUGACACUGACAAAGAGACCAUGGCUGCCCAGCGUUUCGAUGGCUUCCCUAGCCAGCGCCGUGACCUGUCCCCCGAGGAGAGCUUGGCCCGUCUUGAAGAUAUGAAGAACAACACCCCCGAGGGACUUCGCUGGUGUAUCCGUGCUAAGAUCUCGUUCGACUGUCCCAACAAGGCUAUGCGCGACCCCGUCAUCUACCGCUGUAAUCCGGCACCUCACCACCGUACCGGUAGCAAGUGGAAGAUUUAUCCUACCUACGACUUCGCUUGUCCUAUCGUUGACUCAAUGGAGGGUGUCACUCACGCUCUCCGUACUAUUGAGUACCGCGACCGUAAUCCUCAAUACCAGUGGAUGCUGGAUACUAUGAAGCUCCGCCACGUCCAAGUGUGGGACUUCGCCCGGAUGAACUUCAUCAGGACUCUCCUGUCUAAGCGCAAGUUGACAAAGCUGGUCGAGACUGGUGCUGUUUGGGGCUGGGAUGAUCCCCGUUUCCCUACUAUCCGCGGUAUUCGUCGCCGUGGUAUGACCAUUCCUGCCCUUCGGGAGUUCAUCCUUAAGCAGGGCCCCUCUAAGAACGUCACCAACUUCGAUUGGGCUCUUAUUUGGGCAACUAACAAGAAGUACAUCGACCCUAUUGCUGGCCGCCACACCACUAUCUUUAGCAAGGAUGCUGUCAAGACCACUGUCACCGGUGGCCCCGCCGCGCCCUUCACCGAGGAGAAGCCUAAGCACGCCAAGAACGCUGCUGUUGGUAACAAGAAGGUCAUCUAUAGCAGCUCUAUUCUUCUCGAGCAGGAGGAUGUGAAGCUCUUCAAGCCCGACGAGGAGAUCACUCUCAUGAACUGGGGCAAUGCCUUUGUUCGUAAGAUCAGCACUAACGCCGAGACUGGUGUCAUUACCAACCUCGAAGUCGAGCUGAACCCUACCGGUGAUGUCAAGAAGACCGAGAAGAAGGUCACCUGGCUUGCUGAGGAAGGACAGGAUCUUGUUCCCGUUGAGCUGGUUGAUUUCGACCACCUGUUGAACAAGGAUUCCCUGACUGAGGAUGAUGUCCUAGAGGAUUGCCUUAACGAGAAGACCGAGUUCCGUGAGGCCGGUGUCGCCGACUGCAACGUCGCUGACCUCAAGGAGAAUGAUAUUAUCCAGUUUGACCGCAAAGGCUACUACCGCCUCGACCGGGCCUACAGCCCUGGCUCCCCUGCUGUGUUCUUCAACAUUCCUUCUGGAAAGACCAAAUAG